AUGUACCUUUGCGGCGCCUCUCUUAAAGAUAUUCGAAAGGCCUUAGCUCUUAAGGCUCGUAUCGAUCCUGCUAUAGUCGUCCCCCUUCAAUACCACGAUUACCUUAACGCCUUCGAUCAAGACGAAGCAAAUAAACUCGUCCCUUAUAAAGACUGCGAUCACGCCAUCGAGCUGAAACCAAGCGCCAUCCUUCCUUAUAGUCCCCUCUAUAACAUAUCACAAGAUGAACUUCUAGUCCUCCGCAAAUUCUUUAAAGAAAACCUUGAUAAAGGAUUUAUUCGAGCAACCUUCAACACUCGAUACGGCCUUUUCGAAUCUUUCGUUAUGCUUUUCGGUUUGUCAAACGCUCUAGCUACUUUCCAAGCUCGAAUCAACGAUAUUCUACGACCUUUCUUUAACAUAUUUUAUUCCGCUUAUAUCGACGAUAUACUAGUUUACUCCGAUACUUUAAAAAAACAUCGUUUAUACGUCAAGGCCGUACUCCGAGCUGUCUAA